GUAUUUCGUGUUGGCACUUUCAGUCGCCUCUCAGAUCGGCGCUAGCGCCGCGAAGUUAGUUUUGUGUGUCAGCUUAAAUUUCUAAAAUAAAAUACAAAAUAAAUAUUAAAAAUAUUUAAGUAGUAAAUAAUUAUACCAUAAUGCAUUCGCAGUCUACGAUCAAUGUUUUUUUAGGAUGUUGUUUGAGCGCUUUUCUUAUGGAAAUAUUAAUGGCACACACGCCGGAAAGUGCAAACUUUGUUACAUUUUUACAAUUCUUCUUUAUAACUUUACAAGGGUUCGCAGUUACAACGAAAUUUGGUACGGAAUCUCCAAAAAUACCUCUUAAACAAUACACAAUACUGGUGACUUUAUUUUUUUUAACAAGCGUUGCAAAUAAUUAUGUUUAUGCAUUGCAUGUGCCGUCCACACUACAUAUGAUCAUAAGAUCUGCUUCAUCACCAGCAAGCAUGUUAGUCUACUGUUGCAUGAAGAAGCAACUUCCCAAACUGAAUAAUGCUGUAGGUUCAGUUCUGAUUAGUGUCGGUGUAGCGUUAGCCAUGUACGGCGGAGCGCCUCCCGCGCAACAGAAGGGAAUAUUCUUAUACUGGUGUAUAGGAGUCACUAUAUUACUCACCACAUUAAUAACGGGCGCAUUUACUGGUCUUCAGCAAGAGAUGCUGUAUGCAAAAUACGGGAAACAUCCGAAUGAGAUGCUGUUCUACACUCAUGCAAUCCCGAUGCCGUUGUUCAUAGGAAUUUACCCAGAGUUGGUAGAUAUUAGCCAAAAACUGACAUGGGGCCUAUGGAUAUGUGUAGUUCUGAAUAUAUUAUCACAAUAUUAUUGCACACAUUCCGUUCAUAACCUAGCAACCAAAGAGACGACCGUUACAGUCACCUUUAUACUAACUUUAAGAAAGUUCCUAUCUCUACUUAUUUCGUCCAUAGUUUUUAAGAAUAAUUUGACAAUAUUCCACGUCGCGGGCACAUUAUUUGUAGCAGUUGGUACUUAUGUGUAUUUUGAUUAUUUUACUGGCACAAGACAAAGGCCAGUUAGUAUAAAAGACAAAUGAUAAUUUAUUUUAAAUAUAGUACAUACCUAGUUACUUAAUUAUAUUAGAGAAUUGAUACUGAAAUUAUAGAUUUAUUUAUUGCUCGGA